AUGGACGACGAUGAGUACUCGUCAUCUUCUACUGCUCUUGUAUCUUGUUGCGAUGAUAAUACUCCGCACUACGCAUUCAGCGGUAAGCUCAUGCUUACCUCUGUUCUCCUUUUCUUUUUCGUCUGUUUUCUCAUUGUCUUCUUCCACCUUUACGCUAACCGAUUCCUCCUCCGCCGUUCCCGCCACCACCACGACCGCCGCCGUCGCUACCGCCACCAGAUUCCGGCUUCACCAAUUGCAGCUUCUUCUUCUUCUCGAGGGCUUGACCCUUCGCUGUUAAAAUCACUCCCUGUUUUCGUUUACGAUGCGGAAUUUUACAAUCCUCCAAUCGAAUGCCCUGUGUGCUUGGCGGAAUUUGAAAAUGGAGAAACGGGUCGGGUUUUGCCCAAAUGUAAUCAUUGUUUUCACUGUGAGUGUAUUGAUAUGUGGUUUCAGUCUCAUUGUAACUGCCCGAUUUGCAGAGCCCCAAUUACGCCAUUGGUGAAACCGAUUAAAGUAACGGAAAGUGAAUUAGAUGGAGAAGAUGAAGUUGUAAUAAUGGUGGAUGAAUCUGUGAUCGAAGAAGUACAGAACUGUGAAUCGUCGCAGUUUGACGAUGGAAAAAAAUCUAUGGGGAUGGUUGUUAUUGCUGCGAGUUGA